GAAAAAGAGGAAGAAGAGGAAGAAGAAGAGGAAGAAGAAGAAAAGGAAGAUGAAGAAGAAGAUGAAGAGGAAGAAAAGGAGAGGAAGAAGAAGAGGAAGAAGAAGAGUUGGCCUCUUCAGCCAUUGUACAGACAGUGACAGCAGUACAUAAAGCACAUGUGUCAAACUCAAGGCCCGCAGGCCAAAUGCUGCCAGCCAAGUGAUCUUGUGUGGCCCACCAGAGUUUUAAAAAGACGUUAGCCUUAUAAUUAAAUCAACGUUGCUGAGUUUCUUAAACUUAUAAAUUCAACUUUUAUUUUUUUUAUUAAUCAUCAAAUCUACAAUAAUAAUAAUUUAUAAGAAAUAAAUAAUAAAGAAUUGCAGAAACAUAUAUUGAUACUUUAUGGAGUAGUUACAUUUAUAUAUUACUACUCUGUUUUCAACCAGCUCUUCAAGGGGAACUGUAUUACUGAUCUCCCCCUCCUCCCCCCUCGCUGCCCCCCCUCCAACUCCCACCUCUCCUUUAACACUGAGAAAGAACUGUUGACAUUGACACAUUAUUGACAUUUAUUCGGGGGCAAAGAUCCAAACAUGUCGGAUGAAGAAUGGUUUUACCCUUCCUGACCUCUUCUUCUACCACUCCGCUGCUCUCUCCCUUCCUCCCUCCCUCACUCCCUCCCUCGCUCUCUCUCUCCUCCCUCUCGUGUGGUGGGAGCCGGCAGUCAGAACCAACAGCAGAAAAGUGUGUGUGUGUGAACCGGUGGAAGUGUCGGACUGUCGCAGAGCUAUGAGACCGAAGAUCUGCGUCUUCUGAGACGACCCGUGGACAUGGACAAACAGAAAGUUCUGCCCAGACUCAUCAGCGACCUCCAGUCCUUUCUGUCUCUGUUGGACUCCGAGAACCUCAGCUACAUCGCUCAGGCCCAGAAGAAGUCCAUCUCGGAGCUGCUGUCCAAACUGCAGACGAACGACAGCCCAGUUGAAGAUGCUGAAUACAUGAUAAUGAGCUGUCAAUCAUCCUCGCCCAUCAAGGAGCUGACGGAUUCACCUGAAACAGAAAUUGUUCGUUCCUCUGAUCCGGGCUCAAAGAAGGACCUGUGGCAGAAGACUGGGGGCCCCACGGUGCCCCCCCUCCCACCAGGAGGCCUGGGAGAUGACGAGGAAGAUACGUACGAGGAGGCGGAGCCUUAUCUACCGGCCAACUCAACCGUGUCAAACACAGAGAAGGAGGAGUCAGACAGCAGCCACUACGAGUCCUACGGCGAAGAAGACGACGACGACGAUGAUGAGGGGGAGGGGCUCAUAAAGGACCGCGCCCACUACCUCCAGUGGAGUUCCUCUCAGCCCUGUCUGAGGCCCAUCCCGGAGUCCCGCCUCUGCGGAUACCUGUGGAAGAGGAAGUGGCUGGGACAGUGGACCAAACAGCUGUUCAUCAUCCGCAACAACACCCUGCUGUGUUAUAAAUGCGCUCGAGAUCUGCUACCUCACCUGGAGCUGAACCUUCUGGGGUGCCAACUUGUCUACAAGUUGAAGAACAACGGCAAAAUCCAGCACCAACUCAAACUGGUUCUGCUGAGCUCAGAGACCCUGGUGCUGGGCUACAGCAGCUUCCAGCAGGCAGAGGAGUGGAGGAAGGUGAUAGAGGAGGUGAGCAUUGGGAGAGACGUGGAGAGUCAUCGAUCGUCCUCCCUGGUGAGGUCAGAGCAGCAGCUGUCCUGCAGGUCCAGUACAGUCUGUAGUGAUUCCGAGGAGGAAAGACCCCCGCCUCAUUAUACCCUCCCAAAGGAAAAAGACAAAGACAGAGGUUUCCUGAACGUGCUGAUGAACUGUCAGUGGCAGAGUUUACUGUGUCGUGUUGAGGCCGGUUCGCUCAACAUGUUUGGAGAGGCCGAGGAGAAGGAGCAGCAGUCUCCCCAGUACACCAUCCAGCUGAGGGGGUGUGAGGUUCGGGCCGGGCCUGAUACCGACCGCUCGUACAGAAUCGCCCUGAGCCUACUGGGCGACCAGGUGGCUAUGCUGGAGUUCAGUAGUUCCGAAGAAAAACAGCAUUGGCUGACCCUGCUGCAGGAAGCUGUCGAUGGUUACGGCCUCCGCGAUGGGACGACGCAGAACCAAACAGGUGUCGCUUUGAGUGGGCUGCAGACCCGUAGGUUCCCCACCUCCAACACCUACAUGGACGAUCCCUUCCACUUGAGCCGACCCUGCUCGGACCAGCCCAUCUACUCAAACACAGCCAUACUACAGAACAUGCUCCAAACAUCUCAGGAACCAGGAUGUCGCAGCUCUGUGUCGUCCAAGGACUCGGUGACCUACAGCAACGCCGUCUUCACCUGUCACAACAGGAAGAGUGCAGAUGUGGAGCGCCACGUUCAGAAGUUGGAGCUGACCGGGAAGAGCCCCGUGCAGCUGAGAGCCGGCUCUGAGAUCAACCUGACGUCAGCUGGGAAACAAAACAAACGCACCUCUUUCAGACGGUCACUGGCUGUCUGUACCGAGCGCGCUCAGGCAGGUUUUCUGAACCCGCUGCUGCGACGGACGGCAUCUGCCAAAAAUUCCCUGAGACGUGCGCCGUCUGCGCUGUUCAUCGAACACGGAAAAGUUUUUCAAAGAAGAAAGGAAUGGGAAACCAAAGCUGCUGCUUGACACCAGCUCGUCUUUGCACCGUCACGUUCGAACAACCGUCGACUCACAUUUUUGUGUUUCUUUGAUUUUUAUUUUCUGUUUUUCAGUCGUUGACACGUGAACAUGUAACGCAUUCCGACUUGUUCUUUUGAAGUAAUGCAUACGUUUAUUAUUAACAGUCAGUCAAACUAGCGUGCACAUUCAACAGUGUUGAAGUGAGAUAGUUUGCGUGCGUUAACGUUUCACAGGUUUGGUUUUUUUCCCCCCUCUUUUCACUGUAAUGAAAUACUCACUGGUUUGAAUAGGAACAGGAAGCACAUUUGUAUGAUUUUUUUUCCUUAUUUACCACAGGGUUGUGGAUGUGGUUAUGUUGUCAAAAUAAUAAAUAAUAAUAAAAAAAUCUGCACCGUGUUUUUAUAACCUGUAAAUAUUACUAAGAAUCAUGAGUCAUAUUUCCUGUAACUGCUCUGUAACAUUUUAAUAUUUUCUAAAAAAAAAAAAGUGCACAUGUGUCUUUUAAUAAUGGAUUAAACAUUGAUUUGUAACAUUUAAAAACAAGCCUGAACUCAUUUGUGUCCGCUCAUUAAUGCAAUUCUUUAUUUUGUGAAAUAACUUCACAGCAAACGUCACAGGAAAUGGCUUCUAACAACGUACACGACACGGAAUAACCACGCUUUUAAGAGUUCUUCUCGUAGUUGUACAGUAGUGCUUACGUCAUUAAGGGAACAAUUCACUUUAUUUAUUAAAUACAUUAAACCUUUAAAUGUUUCGCGCUUUUUUUUUACUCAUGUUUAGCACAUUACCCUCCGCUCCGCGGCAGCGCAACGCCAGAAACCUCACAAUGUCAGCCGUUACUCCGACGCCGAAGAAGAGUCGCGGAAGUGGGCACAGAUUAUCUGACGUCAUCGGGCUAGCCAGCUAACAAAGACAACUGACGGUCUUGACCAACGAUUCACCCAGGGUUACAGCUCAGAAAAACGCCCGGACCGAAAG